CUCUGUCGCGCGCGCGCGCUGCCUCUCUGUUCAUUUUACACUCACUCAGACCAUCACAAAUAUCCUCCCCGAGCCAAUACCUGAGGGAAACCUGAAUUUUGGACAGGUGUUUCGGACAGCAGAUCGUCAACCUGCCAGACAAAUGGCCAGUCCACUAGAGCGGGUUGUAGCCCAAAAAAAGGAGGCCAUUGAAGCCGUAAUGGAGAUGUUUGAGAGAGGAGCUGAGGUGCUGGCCAGCGCUGUUGGGGAGCUGUGUCCUCUUUUUGAAGCUUCUGCACCGGUUCUGAGGCUGGUUUUGGACAAUGUGGAAAGCAAGGAGGUCACAUAUGUCAAAGAUCAGUUUUUAGUUGUGAGGAGCAAAUUGGAUGUCCUCUCAUCUCAAAUAGAAGACAUCAACUGUGAGAUUAAAAAGGGACGGUUGGAUUCUCAAUUCUUCUCUGUGGAGGAAAAUAUAUGUAACCAGUUUAGAAAAUACAUAGACAUUCUGGAGGCCAAACCUGAGUACAAAGAGGUUAGAAAACGCUUGUUCUUGCAACAUUUUCCCAAAACGGGAGGAGAGAAGAACCUUUACACGCUUUAUGACGCUGUGAUGGGGAACAGCAUAUUUGGGGAGCCAAUCCUUGAUGUUGUGGAACAAUACGAGGCUAGAAACAGAAGGGUCUUGGAAGACUUCUGCGUCAGGCUGAAGGAGCUGCUGUGCUUGGGAAUCAUCUCUCUUCUGGGAUAUUGUUUCCUUACUCACGGUGAGGAAUCAGAGCAGGAGAAGAUUCAAGAGUGGAGCACGAAAAUCCAAGAAAUUGAGACGAAAAUGAAGGAAACAAUAGAGAAAUGUGUGGAUUCGUUUUCAGAGCAAGCUGAAUUGGACAUCAAGAGGCUUGUGAAGGAAAAAGAAGAUGGGAACCUUCAGGAAACAGCUAGGGAGCUGUUGGACUUCCUGGUGAAGAAGUACGACUGGGUGAGCUGGUCCAUCAGAGUCAUUAGUAACUUAGGCAAAAUUAGCAACUUGAGAGCCGGACAAAACUUUCAAUGUGUGGCCGGACAGAACUAUUUUGAAGUAUCUCAAGGAAAUGACACCAACCUGGUGGUCUCGUUCAGCAGCGACCCUCAGCCUGUGCCUGAAGAGAGCAUCAAACAGAUGAUGGAAGGUCCUGCGAGGAAGGGAGAUGCCAAAGCUGUCGUGGAGCUUCUGGAGAAUCAGUUAGCCGGGUUUCUGAUUCACGCCGUCAGUCGUCACAAGGACAGCUUUGUUCUGUCGAGUUUUCCUGAAGAAAGUCACUACUGGGAGAAACAUAAGAACGUGAAUGUGUGUGUGCAUUCAGAGUAGAUUUAGAAAGGCUAAUCAGGAUCAUUAUUUAACAGCAUUUUAAAUUACACUAAAUACAAAAUAUUCUAUAACAGCACUUUACUGUAUUUAUCCAUGAUCUAUGCCUUGAAAAACAGUAUUUAUGUGGCAUUGUUUAUUGUCAGCUUACUGUCUCUAACAAAAAGUUAUUGCAUUUAUUGUAAUUCUUCUUUUCAUUGUUCUAAACUGAAACCAAAGUGAUCUUGUUAAGAAUAACCAGUUUAACUGCACUUUUAUAUCCAAUUACACCCAAUUUAUAUUAUUUUAUGGUAUAAUUAUGUAUGUAUCUGGCUAAAAUCAUGCCUUUAAACCAGGAAUUCUCAACCAGGAAACUGGAAACCACUGGGGGCCUCAGCAAAUUUACUCAAAAUGACUUAAAAUGUUUUAAAAUAAGACAAAACAAGCAUUAAAAGAAGCUCAAACAAUUAAAAAUCAACAUGUUGUUUAUUUUAUUUACCCCCUCAACAACUUGAAGAGUUGUCUCUUCAUUGAAGUACCAGGAUUCCCAAAGAAAAAAGUUAUAUAUAUAUAUUUAUAUUCAUUCUCCGUAUAUAUAUAUAUAUAUAUAUAUAUAUAUAUAUAUAUGUUUUAAGUGUGAUUUCUAGACCUUCUAUACCUUCUAGACUUUUAGUAUUAAUAUGUUAGCCUUAAGGUUAUCUAUAAGGUAGUGUGCUCCAAAACAAUGUCAAAAUUCACAUUUAAAAUAUAUAAGCAUUCAAAACUCACAGUCUCUAACUUCCACCAGUAUAAAUCAACAACUGUGAUGACAUAACUCUGCAUUUCAUCUUCUCCUCAAACUUUCGGUCCAAUCAAAUGCUCUCUAGAAUCCAAAACGUCCCAAAAUGCUAUUGGCUAUUUAAAAAAAGGGGGCGGGACUGCUUGAUAUGUCUUCCUGUAUCAGUUGAAAUGACGUCAACUGCGUGUUUCAAAGCACCUUAGUGGACCUUUAGAAUUGCAUACAAAUAAAUUGGAGCAACUCAAAUGGCAUAAAAUUUAUUUUAACAGGAGUAAAAAAGAUUUUUUAAUCAGUCCUAAUGUUGUGGACACUGAGGGGGCUUGAAGACACAAAUGGUAUGGGAACUGCUGCUUUUAACAACAUCAUGCAUAAAUUAAUGUUUUUGUGAAAUGGUUAAAAGCAGGAAAAAUGGCUUUUGGACCAAGUACACUGUAUUUUACUUGUGCCAGGACUGGCAAGUUGGCCUUUGUGAGAAUGACCUACAUAAAGCUGACAGAAUAAAAAUGCCCUACCAACCAUGAAAAGAGGCAAUGAACACAUCUCAGUCUUUUUUGUCUUGUCUCAGCAGCCCAUACAAACUGAGCUUUCAGUAAAAGUAAAACAAGGAUCUUUUGCAUAAGAAAUAGUUUCAAUAUCUGACACCCAUUGCUGUGAUAUACCACCCAAAGCCACAUUUAAUUAAAUUACUGUUUGUGCACACAAGUCAGCAUUUUCUCGUGAAGGCCUGCAGAAACAUGGUAACAUUUCACUUUGUUAAUAUAAAGCCGACGAGCUCCGAAGUGCUGUGAUCAGCUCUCCGGAUCCAGUCAUUAAAAUCACUGAGGUGCCAAGUGAAGGAACAAUUCAUCAUUUAACACUCAGGAGGGAGGAUUCAUUUCCACUGUAUCCUUUUACUCUAUUCUGUGUGUUUAUUUUAAUUAAUGCUAAAAAUGUGAUUGUAAAUGCAUAAUUACAGUUGAGGUAAAAAUGUACAUACACCUUGCAGAAUCUGCAAAAUGUUAAUUAUUUUACCAAAAUUAGAGGGAUGCUUCAGAAGGAAACACAAUGCAUUACAUUUUUUAAUUUAAAGAUUAGGGUACAUUUCACCUAUUUUGUCUUCUCUUGCAAGUAUCUUCUGUAGUUUCUAUAGGACAGUACUAAAUGAAAAAAAAUAUUAUAUUUAGGUAAAAUAAGAAAAAUGUACAAAUCUUCAUUCUGUUCAAAAGUUUACACCCCUGGCUCUUAAUGCGUUGCUUUUUCUUCUGGAGCAUCAGUGAGCGUUUAAACCUUCUGUAAUAGUUGCAUAUGAGUCCCUCAGUUGUCCUCAGUGUGAAAAGAUGGACCUCAAAAUCAUACAGUCAUUGUUGGAAAGGGUUCAAUUACACAAAAAUGCUAAAGAAAAACAAAGAAUUUGUGGGACCUGAAGGAGUUUUCUGAAGAACAGCAGGCAGCUUAACUGUUCAGGACAAACAAGGGAUUCAACUAUCACAAAAAAAAAAAAAAAAAAAAAACAUUCAGGUAACAACACAGUAUUAAAAAUCAAGUGUAUGUAAACAUUUGAAUGGGGUCAUUUAUAUAAAUUCAACUAUUAUUUUCUCUUGUGGACUAUAUGUAUAAACCUUUUAUGUGAAAUAUCUUAUUCAGGUCAGUACUAAAUAAAUGCACACAUGCAUUUUGUAUGAUCCAUCUUAUUUUGGCAAAAUAAUUAACAUUUAGUAGAUUCUGCAAAGUAUAUGUAAACUUUUGACCUCAACUGUAUAUUUAAAACCACAGGAAAUCAAAAUAAUAUUUUAAAAACUACAUUAUUAGAGGACCAUUUUGACCCACUGGUGCAAGAUCAUUAAAAGCCAUUUAUAACCAUUCAAGUUGUGACCUUACAAUCAAUCUGCCAUGGGUGGUGACCUUUGACCCCUACACACAUAAUCCAGUAUGACCGUCCUCUUUAUAUGUCAAUAAGUUUUUGAUUAAUGACAAAGCAAAUCAUUAUAGUAUCUUUUAUAGGUUCAUAAAAAUUGCA